CGAUCGAAUGCCAACCCCUAGUUCGAUGUCUCUUCUUCCAAAAGUGGAAAACAAAACGCAACAUCCAUAUGAAACACCAUCCCACCACCUAGGAUUCAGCAUUAACAAAUAAAACACGAUUUCAGUAUUGAAAUUGUGGGCCAAGUUUGAGGCCCAUUUAAUAGCUGGCCUCAAUUAUUUUUUACUUCGACUGCAAGUGUUUUACUCGGCCCAGCCAAACUCACCUAGCCCAGUACCAAAAAAAAAAAAAACUCGUCGGAGUACGGUACCGGUGAUUACCCUUUUUAAGUUCGACGGCGAUGGCGAAAAUGGGGAAGUGGACAGUGGUGGGAAGAAUAAACGGAACACGCGCCACCACUAGCGACCAGACACGUCCCACAGCCUUAAAUCAGCAAAUAUCGUUCGUUGGCAGAUAAACUUUUGCCUUUCACUUUUCUAAAACGUAUCCAAAUUAUGUGAAGGCUUGGGAGUUGCAGAUCCCAGGUUCGAAUCCAAGCGAGGCCCGUUGGUGUUCCCGGAGGUACAAGGCUGCUGGGGGCGAAGCCCCGUUGGCGUCAAAUUAAAUGCAGGUGGCCCCCAGGUUUAGUAGGACCCGCUGUCACAAAGUGGCACGUGGGGCUGAGGUUCCUGGGUAUCAAAAAAAAAAAAAAAAAAAAAAAAAAAAAAAAACGUAUCCAAAUUAUUAAAAAAAAAAAAAAAUCUCUCCCCAAAUCCAAAAAGAAAAGAAAAUCGAACAAAAACUACUCAAUCGAAGCUUAGAAAAAGAGGGCACAAUCGCCUCUCUCUCUUCAGCUCCUCUCUCCCCCUCGGCUCUCCCCCUCUAUCCCAGGCGAUCUGGUCCAUUUGUUCUAGGGUUAGGGUUCUUAUCAAUCCCUUGUUUCUCGUUCAAUUCCGGGGUUUAGUCCCUCAGUCUCAAUUCCAAUCGGUGCAUGUUGAUUAGCUCUGUUUUGAUUUUACUGAAUGAUGUUUUGUUUUGGGGGGGUUUGCAGGGAGGGGUUUGAUUCAUGCGCAUAUAAAACCCGAGAAAUCGGUACGAGAGCAAUCAAAUUCUCACUCUUCAGCAGGUUUUUCUAUUGUUUUCCUCCUUUCUGAUUACCUUAUAAUUUGAAUUUCGAGUGGUUAGCCUGUAUGCAGAGUGAUUCUGCGCAAUUGGGGGAUGUUUCUGGGUUUCUUUUGGGGGGCUUGGAUGAUGAAUAAAGUCUGGAACUUUUUGAGGUUUUAGCUCUCUGAGCUACCGGUGGUUAAUUGGUUGGGGGUGGAGAUGAAAGAAAGUUGCUGUCUUUUUUUCUGGUGAAAGUUUUGAUCUUUUUCACGUAAUUUCCUUCUGUGGUUAAAUAUUCAAGCUCGGUUAGGUGACCUGUAGUUUGUUUCAAUUUUGGAGCUUUUAUUUGGUUGAGGAUUUUGGUUGGGAAGAAUCUGGAAUUGACAGUCUGAGCUCCAUCUUCACAGAGUAAUGACAGACAUUGCAGACUUGCGUUUUUCGGUAUUGUGAGGUUUUGAUCUGUCGGUUGACCCAACCACUUUGGGGGGUUUGAUGAUAUGGGUGAGAAUUAUGACAUACAGCUUAACAUAAUUUGCCUGGUUCAGUGGAUUAAGAGUUCUUAUCAUAAAUGACUGUCCAGUUUUUGGGAAAGAGCAACUUAGAAGAUACUUGGAGUUUGAUUAUACCUUCUUUUUAUUCUCUUAGGGUACUCAACCGGUGUCAUCAGAUCCUUUUAUAUUGAUUAUGGACUGUGAGUGCAGCUUAUAAGCAAGGUGUAUGGAUAUAUAUCCAAGCUCCAAUUGUUAUUUAGCUUCUGAUUCUAUUAUAUGUGAAUAUCAGAUGCUUGUCUUUCUUGCAGUGUAGUUGUACAUCACUAAGACUAGCCGAUGGCUUUAACGUGUCCCGCAUUUCCACUAGCCUUUGUUCAUUUUCUUGUAGUACUUUGUGUAUGAUCCGAGCCAAGUCUUGUAUACCUCAAUCAGUCAUCUGAAUAUAUCUAACAUGGUCAUUGGAUAUUUCAGAAGUGAAAAUGGACCAUGACGAGACAGACUGCCAAGCUCCUCCAGACCAUCCCAUAUUGUGUGUCAACAACUGCGGAUUUUUCGGGAGCGCUGCAACAAUGAACAUGUGCUCGAAGUGCCACAAGGACAUCCUGCUAAAAGAGGAGCAAUCCAAGCUUGCUGCAUCAUCAGCAGCAAGUAUCAUGAACGGAACAUCCAUCACCACCCUUGGAAAGGAACGUGUUGUUGCUCUUGCUCCUGCCCCGAUCAUCAAUGUACAAGUCAGUUUGGAAGAGCCAACACCAAUCUUGGUGCAGCGAUCUUCUGCUCCAGGUGUGGCAGAGAGCAACGAAGAGAAACCGAAGGAGGUGGGGCCUAACAGGUGCAACACCUGCAACAAACGGGUUGGUUUGACCGGAUUCAAAUGUCGAUGUGGGCACAUGUUCUGCGCGAAUCAUCGCUACUCCGACAAACAUGGUUGUGCCUUUGACUACCGCACUGCUGCACGUGAAGCUAUUGCGAAGGCUAAUCCCCUUGUGAAGGCGGAGAAGCUCGAUAAGAUUUAGAGAUGGUCAUGGGGAUAAUGGAUGUGCUUGUUUUUUCAUCUACUCGGGAUUUCAUUGCCAACUAUCCUAUGAAAGGUGUCCCGGUUUAGGAAUCACGGAGAGGGCGAAGGGAAAGAGGAAGAGAGCGGGGAGUGCAUCUAUGGCAGUAUGGAAAGGACUUUACUGUGAUAUUGGCGAGGAUUUAUAUGUUGGCUCUGAGUGUGUGUUGAGUGUUGAGUGUUGAAGUUAGUCACUUCUGGGUUUGUGAUGUCUCACCAUGUUUCAUAUGGCAUUUUAGUACGUGGUCUAAGAAAAAAAAUAUAUAUCAGAUGUCCAGUUUCUCUUGUAGUGGAUAUGAAAGACUCCUUGAUGAUUUAUCGCCGUCUUAAACUCUGUAAUUCCAUGGCUCUUUGCGACUACGACCGACUCCAAAUCCUUCUCCCAUUGUCAUCUGUCACUCGACAUCGAAUCAUUAACUGCCCUUAGUUGCUCAGUGUGGAUGACAAUGGUUUAUUCUAUACAGCAGGAGUCUGUUUCGACCGUAUGUAAGUAAUACCAUCAGUUAGAAGUUGAGCGAUUCUUGGAUCAAGUUCGAAUUGAAAUAGCAUAUUCAUCUUGAAUCAACCUAUGAAUCAAGUUCGCUCCCGAAUGGAACUGGAUCAUUCUCCACUCUAAUGCUAGGCCAGUUAAAGCGAUUUUUGGAUCAAGUUUGGAUUGAAAGGCAUUGUAUCAGAUGCAUCUUCAAUCUACCUUUGAAUCAAGUUCGAUUCUGGACUUAACUGGAUCAUUCUCCACUCUGAUGCUAUGCAACAUGAGAACAUUAUGGAAUACGUAGAGGAAAUGAGGGAUGAAUGAAGCAUAGCCUAUGGC